GCCAUAAUAGCAGUCUCAAAGGAAAGAUCUGGAUUCUAUCAUUUUUGACGGAAAGUUAAAUUAGUGUAUUCAUUCUGAAUCGCACGUGUGGUGUAAGGGUUUUCAAAUUUUUAUAAUAACAAAAAAAAAAAAAUAAACUAUGGCUUUACACGUACCAAAGGCACCGGGUAUGGCCCAAAUGCUUAAAGAAGGUGCCCGCUAUUUCUCAGGUUUGGAAGAAGCAGUAUAUGGAAAUAUAACAGCAUGCAAACAGUUUGCUCAAACUGUAAGAACUGCGUAUGGUCCAAAUGGCAUGAAUAAAAUGAUAAUUAAUCAUAUCGAAAAAUUAUUUAUCACUAAUGAUGCUGCCACAAUUAUUAAUGAAUUGGAAGUUGAACACCCAGCUGCUAAAUUGUUAGUUCUGGCAUCGAAAAUGCAAGAAGCAGAAGUUGGUGAUGGUACUAAUUUUGUGAUAAUUUUUGCUGGGGCACUUCUUGAAGCUGCAGAGGAAUUACUUCGUUUGGGAAUUACUACAUCUGAAAUAGUUGAAGGAUAUGAAGCUUCCUUAGAAAAAGCUUUGCAAAUAUUACCAACAUUAGUUUGUUAUGAAGUAAAAGAUUAUCGAGAUGAAAAGCAAAUACAAGUGGGAAUUAAGACAGCUAUUAUGAGCAAACAGUAUGGAAAUGAGGAACCUCUUACUUCUCUUGUUGCGCAGGCUUGUGUAUCCAUUUUACCAAAGAGAAGUACUUUCAAUGUGGAUAACGUACGUGUUUGUAAAAUACUAGGCAGUGGUAUAUCUAGUUCUGAAGUUGUACAAGGAAUGGUAUUUAAGAGACAAGUUGAAGGAGACGUUACAAGGAAAGAUAAUGCCAAAAUUGCUGUCUAUACCUGUGCAGUAGAUAUUAUACAAACUGAAACAAAAGGAACAGUACUAAUAAAAACAGCAGAUGAACUGAUGAAAUUCUCUAGAGGAGAGGAAUCCUUAUUGGAAUCUCAAAUAAAAGCAAUUGCUGAUAGUGGAGCUACUGUAAUUGUUUCAGGAGGAAAGUUUGGAGAUAUGACUUUACACUACAUGAACAAGUACAAUAUAAUGGCUGUUCGUAUACCUAGCAAAUUUGAUAUUAGGAGAUUAUGUAAAACUGUUGGUGCUACGGCACUUCCAAAAUUGGUUCCACCGUCAAAAGAAGAACUAGGAUAUGCAGAUUCGGUAUAUAUCGACGAAGUCGGAGAUACUAUGAUAGUAAAGUUUACAAUAAAUGGGAAAGAUAGUCGUAUUAGUACUAUAAUCGUUCGGGGAUCCACGGAAAAUUACAUGGAUGAUAUUGAACGAGCUAUUGACGAUGGAGUUAAUACGUUCAAAGGAAUAACGAGAGAUGGACGAUUUGUUCCUGGCGCAGGUGCUACGGAAAUUGAACUAGCUGCACAACUUAGUACAUAUGCAGAUACUUUACCAGGCUUAGAACAGUAUGCAGUACGCAAAUUUGCAACGGCUUUAGAAAUUUUCCCAAAAACCCUAGCAGAAAAUAGUGGAAGUCAUGCUUCUGAACUUUUAUCCAAGCUUUAUGCUGCCCAUAAAGAAAGUAAAAAGAAUUAUGGUUUUGACAUUGACCAAAAAGCAGGUCUUAUAGACACAGUUGAAGCUGGAAUUUUGGAUUUAUUCUUAACAAAACAAUGGGGUUUAAAAUAUGCUGUUGGCGUUGCAUGCACUGUACUUAAAAUCAAUCAAAUUAUUAUGGCAAAGCGUGCAGGAGGACCAAAAGUACCAGGCGGUGGUGUUCGCGAUGAUGACGAAUGAUAAUACAUAAAGUAAAUGUCAUAUAUACACAAAUGAAACAUUUAAUUAUUCAUUAAUUUUUAUGUUUAACUUAUAAUAUUAUAUUACAACAGCUUUUCAUUAAACUUUAUGUCAAACAAAAA